CAGGACCUUGAACAAGCAUGGCUGAGGCGGGAAAUGUGGCCUCCGGCCUCGGGCUUCCAGGAGAAGUCUCCCAGUGGCCUCUCAGGCGCUAUGGUCGCUUCAUGCUCUUGGACAAUGGGGAGACCCCUGGGUCUAGCUCGGAGGAUGCUGCAGCGCCCUCGCCCACAUGGAAGGUUUUCGAAUCCAAUGAGGAAUCUGGGUAUCUUGUUCUCACGAUCGUUGUAUCAGGCCACUUCUUCAUUUCCCAAGGACAGACCCUGCUGGAAGGGUUUUCACUCAUUGGCAGCAAGAACUGGCUGAAGAUUGUAAGACGCAUGGACUGUCUUCUGUUUGGAACAACAAUAAAGAACAAGAGUCGGAUGUUUCGUGUCCAGUUUGAUGGAGCGUCCAAGGCAGAGGCGCUGGAGCGCUGCUGUGGCUGCGUGCUGACCCUGGCCCAGUACGUCACCGUUCAGGAACCUGAUAGCAUCACCCAGGAGCGUCAGCAGAGCCCAGGCCCACAGCAGGCAGGUGACAGCCAAGGGAAGGACCCAGUGCAGCAGGGGCCCUCCCUGACCCUGGAGCAGCAUGUGUGUAGAGCAGCUGGCACGGGUGCUCUAGAGGGAAGGACUUCAGUGGAACAUCUAGCUCAGUCUAUCCUGGCACCAGAGAAGCUGACCCUAGCCUAUGAAGGAUCUUCAUGGGGAGCAGAAGAAUUGGGCCCUUUUCUACGCCUAUGCCUCAUGGAUCAGAACUUCCCAGCCUUUGUGGAAGAGGUAGAGAAGGAACUUAAAAAGAUCACAGGGGUGAGAGACUAAAGCCCUGCACAUGGAUGCAAUUAAGGAACUAAAGGUAUCUGAAUAAAGAAUAUUAUUCCAAGCACCUUUUAUCAAUGUUUUAUUGUUAAAAACAGGUGAAUCCACUUUUUUUGUACACCAUUGCACUUCAGUAAUUACACAGAACACAAGUACAUGCACCUACAGUUAGUACUGCAUGAGAACCCAGUCAGGUUAUAAAAUCUAUCAUCAGUCAUGAAAUCAAUGUGAAAAUACAGUGUCAAACCAAAAGGUAUAACUAGAGUUGCAUAGAAUAUGACCAUGCUAUUAACAUUUCAGGGUCACUGAAAACAAAUGGGAAAUUAUAAAAGUUGCCUUGAUUGAAUAUACAAGAAUAAGGUUCGACACAUCAGUGCAAAAGAUUUCAGAAUUUACAUGAUUUGACAAAAGGAAAAAUAGUCACUUAAAAAGCAAUCAUACAUAUAUACUGCAAUUCAUUCUAGCCGCUCAGUGUACUGUUCCAGGUUCUUAAAGUUAUAGAGUAAGCCCUUAGAAUGACAGACUUAAGUUUAUACUCUCAUCAUUUUGUACCAGAACUGCAGCUUUCUCAUCUGACGACAAAUAAUAAGGAAUGAGUAUCAGCAGCUUAAAAAUGAAACAAGCAUUGACUUUAUUUUGGAUUUCUCCCACCCCCAAAAAUAUAAAUAUAUAUAUAUAUUUAUAUACUGUAUAUAUCUGUAGGUUUUGCUGUACUUUACAAAAUGAUCACUAGAUGGCAGCAGUGCAUUUAGAGCUUUGCCAAUUUAACAGCUGCAUAAGUAAAAAAUGGCGCAUGCAUGAUCUGAUCCUCAGAGGACCUUUUUACUUCUAUUUAAAUAUUUUAACAAAGGGAGGGAAAGCAACAUUCACAGCACAUCAAGCCCAAAAUAGUUUACACCUUCUACACUGAAGCAUUGUUUAAAAUGUACCUGGCUAGGUCACCCUUAUAGGAGAGGCUAAAUAAGGCAUGCUUUAGACGGUCAUUGUGGUGUUGCUCACUUGAAAGGGAGAGA